GGCCAACUGUGAUUUGAGAAGGCAGAUUGAUGAACAGCAAAAGAUGCUAGAAAAAUACAAGGAACGAUUAAAUAGAUGUGUCACAAUGAGCAAGAAACUCCUUAUAGAAAAGUCAAAACAAGAGAAGAUGGCAUGUAGAGAUAAGAGCAUGCAGGACCGCUUGAGAUUGGGCCACUUUACUACUGUCCGGCAUGGGGCCUCUUUUACUGAACAGUGGACAGAUGGUUAUGCUUUCCAGAACCUUAUCAAGCAACAGGAAAGGAUAAAUUCACAGAGGGAAGAGAUAGAAAGACAACGGAAAAUGUUAGCAAAGCGGAAACCUCCUGCCAUGGGUCAAGCCCCUCCAGCAACCAAUGAGCAGAAACAGCGGAAGAGCAAGACCAACGGAGCUGAAAAUGAAACGUUAACAUUAGCAGAAUACCAUGAACAAGAAGAAAUCUUUAAACUCAGAUUAGGCCAUCUUAAAAAGGAGGAAGCAGAGAUCCAGGCAGAGCUGGAAAGGCUAGAAAGGGUUAGAAAUCUACAUAUCAGGGAACUAAAAAGGAUACAUAAUGAAGAUAAUUCACAAUUUAAAGAUCAUCCAACGCUAAAUGACAGAUAUUUGUUGUUACAUCUUUUGGGUAGAGGAGGUUUCAGUGAAGUUUACAAGGCAUUUGAUCUAACAGAGCAAAGAUACGUAGCUGUGAAAAUUCACCAGUUAAAUAAAAACUGGAGAGAUGAAAAAAAGGAGAAUUACCACAAGCAUGCAUGUAGGGAAUACCGGAUUCACAAAGAACUGGAUCAUCCCAGAAUAGUUAAGCUGUAUGAUUACUUUUCACUGGAUACUGACUCGUUUUGUACAGUGUUAGAGUACUGUGAGGGAAAUGAUCUGGACUUCUACCUGAAACAGCACAAAUUAAUGUCAGAGAAAGAGGCCCGAUCCAUUAUCAUGCGAAUUGUGAAUGCUUUAAAGUACCUAAAUGAAAUAAAACCUCCCAUCAUACACUAUGACCUCAAACCAGGUAAUAUUCUUUUAGUAAAUGGUACAGCAUGUGGAGAGAUAAAAAUUACAGAUUUUGGUCUUUCCAAGAUCAUGGAUGACGAUAGCUACAAUUCAGUGGAUGGCAUGGAGCUAACGUCACAAGGUGCUGGUACUUAUUGGUAUUUACCGCCAGAGUGUUUUGUGGUUGGGAAGGAACCACCAAAGAUUUCAAAUAAAGUUGAUGUCUGGUCAGUGGGUGUGAUCUUCUACCAGUGUCUAUAUGGAAGAAAGCCCUUUGGCCAUAACCAGUCCCAGCAAGACAUUCUACAGGAGAAUACUAUUCUUAAAGCUACUGAAGUGCAGUUCCCACCAAAGCCAGUAGUAACACCUGAAGCAAAGGCUUUUAUCCGGCGAUGCUUGGCCUACCGAAAGGAGGACCGCAUCGAUGUUCAGCAGCUGGCCUGUGACCCCUACUUGCUGCCUCAUAUCCGAAAGUCGGUCUCCACAAGUAGCCCUGCUGGAGCUGCUAUUGCAUCAACCUCUGGGGCGUCCAAUAACAGUUCUUCAAAUUGAGACCGACUCCAAUGCCACAAACUGUUAACACACAGAGUGGACAAACAGCAUUCAGCAGCGGGUUUGGAACUUAGCGAAUCCGAAUGGAUCUCAUGAAACCUGUACCAGGUGCUUUUAUUUUCUUGCUUUUUUCCCAUCCAUAGAGCAUGACAGCAUCGAUUCUCAUUGAGGAGAAACCUUGGGCAGCUCUGGCCAGGCCUCAUAGGAAAAGGCCCCGCCCAAGGUUCUGGCGUCAACGGCCACUGUGUGUGGCUGCUCUGAGUGAGGAAAAAAUUAAAAAGAAAAACUGGUUCCAUGUACUGUGAACUUGAAAAUAUGCAGACUCAGGGGGGUCCCUGAUGCAAUGCUUCAGAUGAAGAAUGUGGACUUGAAAAUACAGACUGGGCUAGUCCAGUGUCUAUAUUUAAACUUGUUCUUUUCUUUUAAUAAAGUUUAGGUAACAUCUCCUGAAAAGCUUGUAGCACAAAGGCUCAGCUGGGGAUGGUGUUUGACUUCGGAGGAAAAAAGUUGCUAUUGCCCGUUAAAGGCACUAGAGUUAGUGUUUUAUCCCUAAAUAAUUUCAAUUUUUAAAAAACAUGCAGCUUCCCUCCCCCUUUUUUAUUUUUGAAAGGAUACAUUUGGUCAUAAAGUGAAACCCGUAUUAGCAAGUACGUGGCAAUGUUCAUUCCAGUCAGAUGCAGCUUUCUCUUCCGUCUGGUCUCCUGCUUGCAAUUGCUUCUCUCGUCUCAGUUGGGAAAGAAGGGAGUGGGAGUACUGAGAUGCGCGGGUUUUUGCCAUUGGACAAAGAAUGAGGUUAGAAGACUGCAGCUUGGAGUCUCUAGGUUUUCAACUAUUUCUUCACAAUUUGAACACUUGACGGUUGUCCCUUUUAAUUUAUUUGAAGUGCUAUUUUUUUAAAUAAAGGUUCAUCUGUCCAUGCAGUCCUCCUGGAUUCUCUGAAUGUAGUAACUAUCGAAACUGUUCCAAAGGUAGGCAGAAAACAGGCUGGAAAGCCAAAAACUCAAGGGAUCAGUAGUUGCUACCCACAGUCUUUGUGUGCUUGCUAAAUGGUGUACAUUUCUUGUUACCACAUUAUUAAAACUUGAUCGGCACAUAAGCUUUCUUCUGUUAGAUCUUUUGGCAGGAAACAACCUUCUCCCAGUAUUCUAAAUUUGGUGGGUGUGUGCUGGUGUGUGUGUCUAUGUGUGCAUGUACACACACACUUUGUCUAACUCACUUUAAUAGAUAUAUUAAGUGAAAUUUUUUUUAAAAAAUCAGCUCAAGGAAAAUAGGUAUUUCAACUAUGAAUGUUCUUUUGGAACUAAUUUUUAAAAACAUUUGGUUGAUUCUGAGACAUGUGAUUAACUGAAGAUGGAGCUGAAAUGGGAGACAUGUGGCCCCACAGUGCCCUUGAAACAGAAGAGCCCUCGGCAGGAGAGGGAAGGAGUCCAGAGCCUGAACAUGUGGUAGCCAGCUUGGAAUGUUACUGACAGAUGUGGCAAGAGGGCUCAGCCAGAAGUAUUUAAAGACGUAGCAUUCAGGCCUGCUUGUUUUCUGGGCAGGAAGGGAGUCAGGAAGGGCAGAGCUCUCAAAUUGCUCAUGAUUCUAGAGUUUCUUUUACACGUGAAAAAUGUCACUGAUGACAUGUUUUCUAGGACUGUUGUCUGUUUUGUGGACCUGCCCCACUUUCCUCAGUAUCAAGCCAUCUUAAGAGAAGGUGGAACAUUCCAAACUGAAUGGGUAGGUGUUAUAUGGAACGCAGAAGGAAAGAAGUCAUCCCCAGAGGCCUUGGUGUUCCCUCAGCUUUUUAAAAACUAUUUUAUUGAAAUAAAAUGUUGAUAUUUAUACACA